AUGCCCUCAUUUCAGACCCUCCCCCCAGAAGUCACCGUUGCAAUUCUCAAACAUCUCAAUCCAUUCGACCUACUGUCUAUCCUCCAGACUUUCAACAAAGCACUAUUCAGCGCAGCCGAAACAGCGUUCAGGCCCUAUAAAGAAUGGACUCGCAACGCCCAGAAAAUGGUAGCCUUGUUUCCCCCGCAAAGCAUCCAUAGCACUCGUCGCAUCUGCCCUUCAUAUCCAUCUCACAUCCCGCCGUUGGAUGAUAAUGUCUCAAUGAGCGAGGAAAUUCCAAGGAGGGAUUACGAGGCCCUAUCACUGGACCCUGAGGGUGGACCGUAUAUUCGAUGCUCCCCGCCUGAUCUGAUAACUUGGAUGAAGCUUGACGGUUCAUUUGAGUGGCUUGAACCCUUGGAUGAGGAUAUGGCGGGUGAGAUGCUGCCACAUACCGGAGUUGAAGGCGAUCGGCCUGUAGCGCCAGAAGCUGAUGUCGAUGCUGUGGUCAAGCAAGUCAGCGAUCUGGGUCUUGUGCUUCCUACAGGAUUUGAGGCAUUUGUCCGAAGCAAUAGACUGCACCACCGCAUUCCGAGCUCUUCGGCCUGGUACUUCCGGCUAUCGAAGCUCAUCAAAUGUCCAGCUGCAAUUGAUGACGAUCAAGGAGGCUAUUUGUGCCGCUUUUAUUUCGACCAGCAGCACUGUGCUUUCGCAUACCUGUAUUUGAGUCCAUCGGGAGGCCAUUGCGUUUUGGUAUCGACAGUUGACGUGCAUGAAUGCUUAAACGAGGAUGACCAGAUCAACGGUGGGCAAGUGGAUGGAGGCAAUGUUCCGAACGAGGGAGAAGAUGCGGAUAAAGAAAGCAUCGACGACAGUGAGCUUACCAAGGAGUAUUUCAACCUGGCUGGCCUUUCCUUCGAGGAGUAUCUCGUGACGGUGUACUAUGAGGGACUGCUUAGUUUGGAGGCAGAUACUUUUGAGGGACUGGAGAAUUUUGUCAAGCAUGUUUACCGCUCGCCUAGAGAGGUUGAGCAUCUGCGCGAAACAAACGAAGCUAUCAAGGUGUUCCUCGAUGCGCAGAAGUGGAAGGGUGUAGAACAUUACAGGCAAAGCAUCAGCGACUAG